UCUGCCGCGGGAAACUACCAGCGUCACGAAACGGCUAAAUAAAUAUAACCAGUCAUUUACACGAAAGAUCAUUUCAUCAUUUCAACUUAUUUAUCAUACAUUCUAGGUUAUAAAGCCAGCUUGCAACUUUGGCAAUAUACCUCAAAAUACGAGCUUGCUGACCAUGGCACUGCAGAAUGCCGUCAGAAGGGAGGUGACUAACCAGGCCAGCCUCAAUGGAGAUGAGGAGGAGGAAGAGUCACCUGAGGUAAUACUGAGUGUGUUGGCACAACAUGGACAAGUGGGCCUGUGCUUCUAUGACAGCAAAGAUUAUACGUUGCAUUAUAUGGCUGACACACCAGACAGCACUGACCUUAACCUUCUGGAAAGAGUCAUCCAAGAGAUAAGUCCCCAUGUCAUUAUCACGAGUGCCAAGCAGGAACGCAGUAUGGUGCGCUUCAUGCACACAUUGGGGUCAAUUCCAGACUAUAAACCGGAAGUGGUCACAUAUCCAUGUGUGGACUUCGGUAUGGAGGUCAGUAAGCAGAGGCUUCUGUCUGCCCACCUUCCUUUUCUUCCUGCCUCCAUCACAGACAGACUCUCCUAUCUCACUUCCUACAUGUCCUUCGACUCCCCCCUCAUGUUGCGGUCAUUAGGUGCUCUCUUGAAAUGCCUCGACAGAAGGAGAGUGGGUGUUGAGCUGGAGGACAGCAGUGUUGGGGUUCCGAUCUUACAGUUUCACACCUACACAUUAACAGGUGUGGUGUAUGUGGACAGAGACACAUACAGCGUUCUGCAGAUCUUCAAGUCAGAGCUCCACCCUUCAGUGUACAAGAUGCAGUCUGGCGAGAAGGAGGGCUUCAGUCUGUAUGAGAUACUAAAUCGCUGCAAGUGCAAGUUUGGCUCCAGACUGCUGCGCCGGUGGUUCCUGCGGCCCACCAGAGACAUGGAGGUGUUGCACCGCAGGCAGGAGGCCAUCCGCUUCUUUGCGUCACCGCGCAACUCUGACGUAGCCGGCACCCUGCAGUCCUUGUUGCGCAACAUCCGGAACAUUCCGACUCUCCUGCGCAGGAUGUCUCUCUCACACACAAAAGUAACGGACUGGCAGAGUCUCUACAAGACGGUGUACAGUGCAGUGUGUAUCAGGGACACGGUGCGUGUCUUGCCUCAGUCUGUUGGGCUCUUCCGUGAGAUCAGCGAGGGUUUCUCUGAUGACCUUCAACACAUCGCCUCCCUCAUAAGCAAAGUGGUGGACUUUGAGAGCAGCUCCACGGAGAACCGCUUCACCAUCAAGCCGAACGUGGACCCUGCUAUUGAUGAGAAAAAGAGGAAGAUGAUGGGUCUGUCGGACUUCCUGACAGACGUGGCCAGGAGAGAGCUGGAGCACCUGGACUCCCGCAUAACCUCCUGCUGUGUCAUUUACAUUCCUCUGAUAGGCUUUCUGCUGUCGGUGCCCCGGCGGCCCAGCAUGGUGGAGAAGGAGGAUUUUGAGAUAGCGGGUCUGGACUUCAUGUUUCUGUCGGAGGAGCGUCUCCACUAUCGCAGCCAGAGAACUAAAGAGCUAGACGACCUCCUGGGAGACUUACACUGUGACAUAAGAGACAUGGAGACUGCAGUCAUGACACAGCUGCAGACGGCUAUCCUGGAGAAAAGUCCCUCCCUGUACAAGGUGCUGGACUUGAGUGCAGAGCUGGACUGCCUGAUGGCGAUGAGCAGUGCCUCGCAGGAGUACGGCUACACCUCACCUAAACUAGCAGCCCACAGGAGGAUACUUCUCACACAGGCCAGACACCCACUGCUGGAGCUCUGCUCUCCUUUGUUUGUGGCCAACUCUUUCCAGAGCUCAGAGACCAAUGGCAGAGUCAAGGUCAUCACUGGGCCCAACUCGUCUGGCAAGAGUAUCUACCUUAAACAAGUGGGCUUGGCAGUGUUCAUGGCUCUCAUUGGCUCAGAUGUGCCAGCAAAGGAGGCAGAGAUUGGUCUGGUGGAUGGAAUAUUCACCCGCAUGCAGAGCAGGGAGUCUGUGUCUGUAGGCCUCAGCACCUUCAUGAUAGACCUCAAUCAGAUGGCCCAUGCUAUCAACAGCAGCACUGGCAACUCUCUCAUUUUGAUUGAUGAAUUUGGAAAAGGCACCAACACAGUGGAUGGGCUUUCCUUGCUGGCGGCAUCGAUCUCACAUUGGCUGAAUGAAGUUCCUGGAAAGGUUCCCCACGUGCUUUUGGCAACCAACUUCCACAGUCUACUCCAGCUGGGUCUGCUGCCCUCCACCAGCCUCCUCUCCCUGCUGACUCUUGAGACAGCGGUGGAUGGAGAUGAGCUGGUGUUCCUGUACCAGCUGAAGGAGGGCAUGUGCCAGUCCAGCUACGCUGCCAACAUCGCUCUAUUGGCCGGCCUGCCCACCAGCCUCGUACAGCGAGGGGUGGAGGCACGCACGCACGCACGCACAAAUACACACGCACACAAGCGCACAUACACACACACACAACAUGCACACUAUCCACAUGCACCAUCCAUCCCCUCACGCUCAUCAGUAACACUUUAUGUCAUCGGUUGUAAAUUAUGUAAAUUAAAGUUAUUAAGAAUACUUUAUGGUUGCUAUAAGUGCUAUGUUAUAGCUAGAUAAUUAUUACACAGCAGAUAUUUAUAUAUUUGAAAUUAUAUAUGACAGAUGUGAAGAUGAAGCCUAUUGCAACCGCAAAUAAUGCAUUUGCCUCCUUUUUAUCACACACACACACGCACACAAACGCAAACCUUUCUG